AUGAGUAAUCGGACAUACGCGGAUGACUUGUUUCCACUGGAAGUGUGUGAGCAAGAUGAAGAGCAAUCGCCUCCUCCGCCUGCUCCCCUGAAUCCAGUGGACGCGGCGAAUGCCCGAAUCCACGUGGGAUGGAUGACGUCUCCGAUUGAUUCGACUGAGAAUCUCGACCGACAGGUGGCUCCGUAUUGUACGAAACUGGGAGAGUUCAAGUAUAACUUCGUCGUAUUCCCGAUCGGAGGGACCGUCCGUGCGUUUUGGACGCCUUCAGCCAGUCAGAAUCCGCCAGUUAUCGAUCUGCCGGAUGUUCAGUUGGCGAACUCACUAUGGGAGACGUAUAUUACUGGAAAGGUUCGAGAAACGAAACGAGGAUCGUAAUUAGAGAAUUGUUCUACCACAGAUAUCUCCGUGGAUUGAUUGCGAUUCUGAAGAUCCGUCGUUCGCCGCACUUUCUGAAGAGAAUCUUCUGAAGGUUUGUCAGAAUAUUUUUCGAUUUCAGAGCGUUUCCUCUUUGCAGGAGCUGAACUACGUGUGCUAUUUGGGUCUGCAGUCGAUGACGAUCGAAUUGAAACGCAUUUCGUCGCCGCGCACGGCCGCCAUCGUGAACAAAUGGAUUUGGACUAAAAAUUCUAGAUUCACGUACGAAUAGACUUAAUCUGACUUUUUUUCAAGCUUGUUCUUUACAGAGUUUGGGUUCAGUUGCCUUCUUCGAUUGCAAAAUGCUUGGAUUACAACCAAACAAUCUCUUCGUCAGCUGAUAUUUGGUCGAUUUGGGCAGACUUCCGGAAACUUUGCGGAAAUUUCAGUGGAAUUUAUCUGAAAGGUUAGAUACGGUCGAAAAAGCGGUCUUUCUCAGAAGUUGUCGUUUUCAGUGGCGCUAACGGUCUCCUCAGAUCUUCCGGACGAAUUCACGGAAAAUAAGCUGUUGGACAGGUGGAAAGCGGAGCCGUUGGGCGCAUUCGUUGUCGAAUCGGAAGUGUACAUCACGGGCAGAAACGGAGAAGCCGUGCUCCCGAAUGCGCACAUCGGCUUCUUCGAGAGUCUGUGGUCUUCCGACUCUCUUCGCUUUGUUCUGCGACCCUCCACCGACGCAUUCAAGUACAAUGCGUCAAUCAAAUCGGAAUGGUCGCAAGCUCUUCGGCAUGCCGUUCGCGAUGUUUUAUAUCGGAAACAACGAGAAUCUGGAGAGUCAUCGGCCGAUUCGGAGCACUUUUUGAAUGUGAUCGAAUACAAAGACGUCCUCCAAGCACCUCUUCAGCCAUUAUCCGAGAAUUUGGAUUCUGGAGUUUAUAACACUUUCGAACAAGACCAAAUGAAGUACGUGGUGUACGGAGAAGCCGUGGAAGGAGCACUGAAAGAUCUUGGAGCGGACGGACGCAGGAACGUCGUCGUUUAUCUUCUCGGAGGCGGAAGAGGUCCGAUUGUGAGUGAUCACACCAUUCAAAUAACUACUUUACAAUUUCAGGGUACCAAAAUCCUUCGUGCCGAGAAGAACUACAAUAAGGCGUUCAGAAAGAGCACAACUCCGCUCAGAGUGAAAUUGUACAUUGUGGAGAAAAAUCCGAAUGCGAUUGUGACGCUCAAAUUCAUGAACGCACAAUCCUGGAGACGUAGAGUGACGAUCGUCGAGAGUGACAUGCGGAGCCUUCCGAGAAUCGCCAGAGAUGCUGGAUUCGAGCAGCCAGACAUCAUCGUCUCCGAGCUGCUAGGAAGCUUCGGAGACAACGAGCUGAGCCCCGAGUGUCUGGACGGCGUGACCGACUUCCUCAAGCCGACCACAAUUUCUAUUCCACAAAAGUACACUAGUUAUGUUUGUGAGUGAUCUUAUCUGUUCGGUUAUCUUUUGACAACUUUUCCAUUUCAGUGCCCAUAAUGAGCACUCAUCUGCAUCAAACGAUCCGCCAACAGAGUAUUCCGUAUCUGAGUCGUGCAUUGCCAUCGCACGGAAGGGGCCAACCUCAACUCGAUUCGAACGGAAUGUGGCUUCAAAACUAUCCGUUAGUUUCUUGCUCCCGAUAGCAUUUGUGUAAACAGUGAGCGAUGGCCGGCCAGAGUUUCCUAGGCCAUCACCCUUCAGCAGUAAAUUCAUAUUCCCCACUGCAGUGCAUCGGUUUGCUCCAUUUUUCAGUCAAGGCCAUGUUAUCAAUAAUAUGGAUCAGAUCUACGUGGUCUACCUCAACAAAUUCAUACCUCUCGCCGAAUCCACGAAGCCAGUAUUCACUUUCGAACACCCGAACUUUUUGAAUGCGAGCAACGAACGGACUGCUUGUGUGGAAUUCGACGUCGAUCGAAACGCCGAUGUGAGUGCUCCCUUCCUUUUCCAAUCUCACGCAAUCCAUUCCAGCUGAUGGGAUUCGGUGGCUACUUCGAUCUCCAACUCUAUAACAACGUGAUGCUCUCAAUAGAGCCGUCGACGCACACUCGCGGAAUGGUCAGCUGGUUCCCUGCGGUGAUUCCGUUGAGAGAUCAGCUGAGAGUCGGCGAGGGGGAUAAGAUUAGGAUGAAGAUGGAUCGGAAGGUGGACGCGACCGGAGUCUGGUACGAAUGGCACGUCGAAGUGCAGAAGCCGAACGGCGACAUCAGUCGUACGCCGAUUCAGAAUCCGAACGGCGAGAGCUAUUACAUGAGAAUGUGA